CUGGGCAGGUUUCCUUAUCCGGGGCUCGCCGUGGCCCUCGCCAUUGGCCCGCGCUGUCACAUGGUCAACUUUGUUCACUUGACAACAUUAAUGGCCAUGAGCUCGUUCCUGAUCAACUCCAACUAUGUGGACCCCAAGUUCCCACCGUGCGAAGAAUAUUCCCACAGCGAUUACCUUCCCAGUCACUCGCCGGAGUACUACGGCGGCCAGAGGCAGCGGGAGAGCGCUUUCCAGCAGCACGAAGCCGCGUACGAGCCGCGGGCAGCCUGCAAGGAGCAGCUGUACGCGCCGUGCCGGAGCUCGGCGCAGGCCGGCGCUGCGCUGUCCCCCCGCGCUCACGUCCAUCCUCCGGCCGGGCCGCGGAGCCGCCGGGCCGAGCCGCGGGCGGGCAGCCCCGGCCCGCCGCCCUCGUGCAGCCGGAGCCCGGCCAAGCCGAGCCCGGGCGCGGAGCCCGUGGUUUACCCCUGGAUGAAAAAAGUCCACGUCAGCUCGGUGAACCCCAAUUUCUGCGGAGGGGAGGCGAAGCGCUCCCGCACGGCGUACACGCGGCAGCAGGUGCUGGAGCUGGAGAAGGAAUUCCACUACAACCGGUACCUGACGCGGCGGCGCCGCGUGGAGAUCGCGCACGCGCUGGGCCUCAGCGAGCGCCAGAUCAAGAUCUGGUUCCAGAACCGCCGCAUGAAGUGGAAAAAGGAUCACAAGUUACCCAACACCAAGAUCCGCUCCUCUUCCUCCUCAUCCUCAUCCUCCUCGUCCUCAUCCUCAUCCUCAUCCUCCUCCGGCUCCCUGCAGGCCCCACAAGGAGGAUCCCAAACUCGAUCCCACGGACCGGCCGCUGCCCUAUAA